AUGCGCCAACUCAGCCGCGAUCCACUCGCCUCGUCCAAGGCGCGGAAAGCGGAAGCGAAGGCGAAUUCACAAUCGGGAUUGAUCUCUAUCAAGUUAGGUGGAGAAACUGGGCAGAUUGGUGGGGGAAGUGGGAACGGUGGUGGAGGAGGAGGAUUUAAAAAAGGCGGCUUUAAAAAGGCCGGGUUUAAAAGUGCAUUUGCCCCGGCGGACGGAGAAGUAGUUGGAAAAGAGGAGGUGAAGAGUGACGAGGGCACAAAGAAAGAACAGCCUUUGAUGGUUGUUGAUCAAGGAGCGGGGGUAGAGAGCGAUACUGAGGACGAGGCGGGCGACAUGUAUGACCCAAGACAUCCUACGGAUUGA